AUGUCAGAUCCUGCUAUCAUUGCAACUUUGUUUCCUUGUGACACUCGAGCCUUAGCUCUCGACGCCUUUCGCCAUGAUUAUAAUAGCGAUCGCUACUUACCUGGUUCAAUUAGGAAUCUAUCUACUCAAAGCAGCCGUGAGACUACACCGAGCGAGAGCGAGUGGGACAACGACUCUGCUCCUCGCAUAGUACUAAGGUUCGACAAACGUCCAAAAGACCCUUCUAAAGGGUUCGCCUUCGGUUCCAAUCGCCGAUUAUGCGACGUAUUCCUCGGAAAUCAUCACCCCUCCGGUAUGAGUGGUGUUCAUUUCUAUUUGACAUUUGGUAUCGCAGCCGAUAAGAAGCAUCACCUAAUGGUUCGAGAUGUGUCGAGAAAUGGCAUGUCAGUCAGCUACGAUGACCAGGGAGGGGACGAAAAGCGCUGCCAGUAUACCUGGUUCUUAGAUCUUGUAGACGAAGGCGAGCAAAAGAUGAUUGUCAAAGUCCAUCUCGUGGGGCUUUCGUUCGAGAUUCACUUACCAGAUCACCAUGAAUGCAGAGAACAAUACGACGCCAGUGUGGAAGAAUUUGUGCAAAAUACCGAGACUUCUGACCUUCCAGUCGAUCUGCUUGGAAUCCACAGCGACGCGAGUACCGCAAUGGUCAGCCAGCCAAGUAGUCCUAGGCAACGACCGUUCUUCGUUACAAGGCUAGAACUGGGGAGUGGCGCAUUCGGCAGCGUCGACAAGGUAGUCGAUGAACGUACAAGGGCGACGUACGCUCGGAAAACAUUCAAGAAGAGACGUGGCGAAGGUAUCGAUUGGCUCAGGAGAUAUCGGAAGGAGUUUGAUAUCAUGGACAACAAUCCACACGCGAAUAUCGUGCGCGUCAUCGAGUUCAGAGAAGGCGCUGAACCGUUCUUGAUAAUGGAGUAUCUACCCAUGGGUAACGUAAUGCAGAUCAAUCAACAGAGUCCUCUAAGCCAAGGUGAGUGCAGACAAAUACUCUUGCAGACGCUACAAGCUCUCGAGUAUCUGCAUUCACGCAAGGUCACACAUCGGGACAUAAAAUCGGAGAAUAUACUCGUCGCAUCCCGGUAUCCGUUGCACAUCAAAUUGGGUGAUUUUGGACUGGCCAAGGACCAAGAGGAGAUGAAGACGCAAUGCGGUACGCGUGGAUACUGGGCCCCAGAAGUCAUGUCUGAGCGCAACUACACGCCUGCUGUUGAUAUAUGGUCGUUAGGGGUCAUAAUUCUGACCUACACGUAUCCCAUUUCGUUGCCGAAGCAGAGACCCUCAGAUCUUGAAGUCUGCUGCAUACUUAGUGAUACUGCUGCCCGCCAUCAUCAGGCCGGACGGGGCCCAAUGGCUGAACUUCUGGCUAUAGGUAUGCUUGUACUCGCGCCAAAUGACCGAUAUACAGCAACGCGAUGUCUGCAAGAGGGUCAGAGAUUGGGUCUCUUCGAAAAUGAGACCGAUUCUGAUAGCGGUUCAGGCGCUACAACGCCGAGAGCACAGAAUACGACCAGUAGAGACGACUCGGGCUCUGUAGUCCGAGGGGCGAUCCAGGACCUUGAGCAAUUGGAUACUGGAGCUUUUGACGCCGGAAAGUCAACGAGACUUAAGGGUGAGGCACAGAAGUCUUCCGACCAGGAUGCAAUCGGCUCAACAUGCAGCGAUGAUGCUAGCGGUGAGCCAUAUAGUGGCCGUCGGAGCACAGCCAAACGCCAGCGAUCACUAGCUAGUGACUCUGCGAUAACCUCAUCUAAAGAGCAUCCGUCAAAACGCCGACCGUCAGAGGUCACUACGCGUCCUGACAAUCGCCGAAACGACGCCAGUGGUGGGUCUGCCAAUGCCCCGGCAAGUCAUGAUCAGUCUGUAAGUCAACCACAAGGCGAUAGUAUAGCGGCACGCCAGAGUCAACGUCGGACGACUGGUAGUGGUAAUGGUGGCAAUUCCUCAGAAGAAGCUCAACGCCUUGGACUGACUUACCCCAAAGGGCUACAAGAUAUCACCGACAAUUCUAGCUUUUCGAUACCCUAA